AUGCAGUUCUCCCUCAUCACCGUCGUCGCUGCUUUCGCCGCUGUCUCCUCGGCCCAGUACGCCAACGGCACUGCCCCUGCCCCCUCCGGCACCGGUGCUCCUUCUCCCUCCGGCUCUGGAGCUGCUCCCUCUGCUCCCUUCAACCCCAACGCCGCUGCCCCUACCGGUGCUGCCUCCGCCAUGGCUAUGCUCGUCGCCGCUGGUGGCAUUGACCACAACGACUGGAACGUUUUGACCGUUUUUCUCCCACUAAACCUCGGACAGAAUUACGAGAAUAGUCAUGUCCAAUUUCUUCCAGGACAUGAGUUGGGUAAAUUGAUUUGAUCGAGCCAUUUUAAUGCAACGGCCACGGCGAAUAACCCCCAAUCUCGAUUCUUCAGAUCUAGCGGACGGUACAUGAUCUGCUAAUCUCCGUUCGAAAGUCUGUCUAGUCUGUUUCUUGUCGGUUGCCGAGUCUAUUUGAGCUCUGACAUGAACCUUCUUGAAACGGCAACCUUAGAGAUUCAAGGAGUAUUAUUUGAUAGGGGACUGUCGCGGCCAUCCAAUAGCAGGAGUGACAUCUACUAGAACUGAGCCCAACGGAUCGCAGAGUCACAGUCAACAAACAUAGAUUUUGUUCGCAUCU